CCGUUUUCAUUUCCCAAAUACGUGAAGGUUGGUGGAAGAGCACAGCUUACUUGCUCGGUAUCGUCCGGUGAUAUCCCGAUUUACUUCAGCUGGAAGAAAGACGGAAUAAUUAUUUCACCCAGUUUACAAGUGACUGAGAUAAAGGAUGAAUUUUUUACUCUGUUGAUAUUGAAAGAAAUUUCCGCUAAGCACAGUGGAAAGUACACGUGUUUUGCACUCAACGCUGCAGCUCAAGUAAACUACACUGCCGAGCUUCUGGUGCAAGUCCCACCAACUUGGAAACGAGAACCAAACGACUUAUCUGUAGUCCUAGGUAAUACUAUUUCAGUACCUUGUGAAGCAGAUGGUUUCCCACAGCCUCGCAUAACCUGGUUGAAAGGACAAGGCAAGAUGUCUGAACAGUUUCAUUCAAUACCGUCAAAGAACAACACUCUCAGUGUCAACUAUGCGACACCCUCGGAUGCUGGGUACUACAUGUGCGAGGCAUCCAAUGGAGUUGGAUCUGACCUUUCAAAAAUCAUCCAUCUGGAUGUCCAUGUUGCAGCUCAUUUCGACAUACCAUCCAAGAAAUGUCUUUCGCGACGAGGAGAUACUGUUACACUGGAAUUGCUUAGCUCUAGGGACGAACCUAUUGAUGUUGUUGUUAUUUUUAUGUUUUUUUUUUUUAAUUCUAGGUACAGCAUUGUACAGAUGAAAGUAGAAAACGGAGUUCGAUCACAAUUAUCCAUAAGUCAAACGGAACGGUAUGAUUCUGGGAAAUAUGUGUGUGCAGCAGACAAUUCUUAUGGUUCCAGUGAACAUGUUAUACAUCUCGCGGUACAGGAACGACCCGAUGCACCAUCGGAUUUAGAAGUACUAGAAGUGGGAAGCAGAAGAAUUAGAUUGUCCUGGAAACGACCGUACGAUGGAAUGUCGCCAGUGCUCAGCUAUCUCGUUCAGUAUCAACCUUUACGUAUGGUUAAGGAUUAUCUAGGAUCAAAACUGGAUACAUCAUGGGAAAAUCCAUCGGUAGUUAACAUAACAUUGUCAAAAGUUAAUGAGGUCCAAAAUGUUGAAAGCAGUACGCGAGAUGAGGCGUAUGUUAUAGGACUCCAUCCAGCAACACAGUAUUUGAUGAGAAUGCUUGCGAUCAAUGAGAUCGAAAGUUCAUCCUUUACCAAUCCCUUAGUGGUAAAAACACACGAAGAAGCGCCAGCAGAACCACCUAGUAAUUUGAAAAUAAAACCCGGGGGAAAAGGUGAACUGAUUGUGACGUGGAAUAUCCCUAACAAAAACUCGUGGAACGGUGAACUCUUAGGUUACAUUAUAAGUUGUGUCGAGGAGAAGCAAAAUAUCAACUACAUAGAGAACACCAAUGUAACGAAUUUAACAUUUACUGCAAAUGGUUGGGCAACUACAAAAAUGUCGAUCGCCAAUUUGAAGAAAUUUACAAGAUAUGCCGUGAAGAUACGAACAUACAAUACAAUGUCAGCUGGACCAUGGAGUCCAAUUACUUAUGGCACUACAAUGGAAGAUAUCCCAGAAGCCCCUCCACAAAACGUUACCUGUCAAAGUCUUUCUUCUCAGAGUAUUAAAAUUGUCUGGCAGGAGCCUCCCCUUCAAUAUCACAACGGUGUUUUACAAGGGUAUAAAGUUUUGUUCCGGCCACUAGCCAAUAACAAUGAAUUUAUACUCCCAUAUGAUAUCAAAAGGACAUCUAAUUUAGAAACAUACCUACAGGCUCUCUUAAAGGCAACAAACUAUUCCAUUCAGGUUCUUAGUUUCACAUUGUCAGGGGACGGAAUGGCAAGCAGUCCUGUGUAUUGUUCUACCGAGGAAGACGUGCCAAAUUCACCGGCUGGUAUCAAAGCUCUUACAUUGACUGCUGAUUCUAUUUUAGUAUCGUGGCUAAAACCCGUUCAUUCCAAUGGAAUUAUUUCGCAUUACACAAUUUUUAGUAAAGAAAAUGGUAAAAUUGGACCAGCAAAAAGUUACAUUGCACGUAUAGAAGAGACAAGUCCAUUGUUGCAUGAAGUACGAGGAUUAUUAGAAAAUCGCAAGUAUGACUUCUGGGUCACAGCAUCCACUUCAAAAGGAGAAGGUGAAGCAACUACUGUAAUAUCACAAACGACCAGCACUAGAGCACCGGCAAAAAUAGCAUCUUUUUCGCAAACAAUCAAAGCUGUCGUUAGAUCUACAAUAUUUUUGGAGUGUAUCGCAGUGGGAAAUCCUACGCCAAGAACACGUUGGAUCACGAACGAUCAACCAGUAACUUUCAGUCCCUAUUAUGCUAUUUCACAAGGAUAUUUAAAAAUUCAUAGCGUUGAGCCAAAUCUCUCCGGAAAUUAUACCUGCUCAGCGAAGAAUUUAUUUGGUGAGGAUGAUAUAUCGUAUACGCUGAUAGUAUUGCAGACGCCGAACAUAACACUAUUGUCCAAACAGUAUGCAUCUCAUGAUAGCAUUGGUAUCAUGUGGGAAACUGCAAAUGAUAGUGGAACGCCUAUACAAGGCUAUAAUCUGUUCUAUAGGCCAACUAAUGGAAAUUGGAUCAGUAUUCCAAUAUCCUCAGACCAAAAUGCGUAUGUUCUGAACGGUUUAAAAUGUGGUUCGCAAUACAUUUUUAAAAUUAAUGCACAUAACAAAGUUGGCAUAGGACCUUCAACUGAAGAACUCAUUGUUUGGACGAAAGGCAAAGCACCACAAAUACCUCAGGAGAAUGAUUUGAUAGCAACGAAUUCAACUUGUCUGUAUUUAAAACUCAGUUCUUGGCAUAAUGGCGGAUGUCCAAUAUCACAUUUUUCUAUCGAGUAUCGUCGACUACACACACCUUUCUGGACAACGGUUUCUUCUGAUAUAUCAGGAGUAGAACGGGGCAAUAAAAGUAUCUCAUUCUGCGAUUUUGUGCCUGGUACAUGGUACGAACUAAAGAUAACUUCCAAUAAUGAUGCCGGAGAAACAACUGUGCAGUUCAAUUUUGCAACAACUACUCUUACGGGAGACAAAAUACCACCGUUCGAGUAUCCAACUAUUGAGAUUGAUAGUACAGCAGAUACAUCCAAUAUGCAUGAUGAUUUCCAAUGGAUUCAAACAAGCGUUGCAGUUGUAACUUUAGGGUCAAUAGCAGUUGCAGGAUUCAUUUUAACUCGUUAUAAAAGGAUUUACUGCUUUUCGAAUACGAGAAACAGCAUCAGUGAAUUAUCCAGUAACACAAAUCAAAAGGACGAAUGCGAAUAUGCACGUAAUCAACAGGUUUAUAGUUCAUCCCCAGUAAAAAUUAUAGACAAGGAAGACAGUUCCGAAAUGUACGAAAUAUCACCAUAUGCCACAUUCAACGACAACAACGAACGUAUUUUAAAAACGAGAUCACGCGACAGAACACCAUCGUCAAUGGAUUAUUCACUGCAUUUUCGUACAUUUGGACAUCCUGAAAAUGAGCUCAAUGCAACUGCAUAUCCUCUAUUAGAGUGCACAGGAUUUGGAAAUGCCAAAGAGAAAACAAGCUGGCAUAAGAAAACGCAUAGUGCAGGAGAUUCUUCAAUAAACCUACCCAGUAGCUUCUGGAUAUAA